AUGAUGGCCGCCAUUUGUGUUCGGUAGAAGUGUUGUGAAGGGCUCGUUCGUUUUUGUAUUUUUCGGGCUGAAAACGUUGCUGAUAUCAGUCUUUUGCAGCAAGAAUCUACAGUUUGGUAACGUAUGAACCGAUGGGAAAUAUUUUGCAGUGAAAAUGGUUCGUACAACACGAACAUCGGCUGCAGUGAAAACUAGCACUCCGCCACCCAAUAGCGAGGAGAAAGAACAGGCUGUCUUGAUCGAAAGUGUGAAAGAACCGGUUCUCACUGUUGCUGGUAGUAGCGGUGAGGUUAUUCUCGAAAAAGGUCAGUCGGAUGAGACACCAGGGUCACCAAAUUUAAGUCCAUCGGUCAUCUUACAAAAACUGCCAAUAGAGCAGUCAAUUUCGUCUAAUUCACGGAAGAUAUUUCGAGGCAAAGCUCAAGCUACAAUGGCAGCUAGGGAGACAAGAAGUCAGAAAAGAACAUCUACAACGAUGGAUGACGACGGUGUUGUUGAAUUGAUCGAGAUUUUGGAUGAUGAUUCCAAGUCUCGUGAUUGUAUUACUGUAGAAUCCGAAGAUCGUUGUGUUGUGAAGCUGGACGAAGAUUUUGAUGAUAUUACAUGUUCAGUGAUCAGCAAGGUUUGUUCGACAGCAACGACUGAAGGAAACUCUAAAACACAUUUCAGGCGUUCGAAGAACGUGGUCGGCGACGCGAGCAACGAAAACGAUGGUGAUAAACAGAGUUUUCAAGAGGAACGUACACUUUGCAUCUUGAUGGAUAAAGUAGGAGUAGUAGGUUCAGAAUUGGCAGAGAAAAGUGACAAGAAGACUGAUGAAGACGAUGCAUCCAGUUCGGUGAGUAGUGGCCCUCAGCUAAGUCUCGAGACUGAGGGCGACACUCCGAAACAGGAGGUGGUUGGAACACGUAAGUCCAAGCGGCAGGUCAGGGUAACGAAUAAGUAUCGGGACUUUGUCGUUGAUGCACCCCUGCCUUCAUCACAAGUUCCCUAUUCAGAUAUAAAAUUAGCUCGUGGCAACGGUGGUGGAAGAAAGAGUCAAGCGAAAGAGAUUGAACCAGUUGCGUUCUCUGAGGAUUUUUGCGCGGAAUCACCACCGAUGCUCCUUCAUCCGCCCAGGAGAACGUACAUAAAUAAAAAGGGAAAUGCUUCAAAAAUGGAAGUGCAGGAAAAGCCAGCUAGACGCAUGACCAGGUCAAAAACUCCGACUCCUCGUGGCCGUAAGAAGAAAGAACUUUCGAUUAAUGAAUCGUUGUUACAAUUUGACGAUGAAACGAUUGAGCUUCCUGGGCCAGAUGAUAGAAGCGAGUCGACACUGACUGUGAACAUCGACAGCAGUUAUUUUUCAGACGACGACAUCUUCAGGUACGAUGAAACUCCGUCCCCUGAAGAAUUUUUUGGGUGGCCCGAAGAAGACUUAAUUGAUUUGGGUGCAGGGCCUUCGUUCUCAACGCUAUCCACUAUUUCGGCGUUUGCGUCCGAUCCUUGUGUUGGAUAUGUGGGCUCACUACUGACGGACGAUACCUCAAGAACCGAUGAAAGGUCAGAGAUGGACGGAACAAUUAAAAAACGUCGCGGAAGAGCACCGAAGGCAGUUAAACCAAAACCUGUUGUCACCGUUGAUGAACCCAGCAACACACGCCCGGCAGGUUCUACGUUUAUUAAAAGAUCUUAUAAAACUCCGAAAACUAGCCCAAUAGCAGCUACGUCUGUUGAUCGUUCUCAAGAAAGUUCAUUCAAAAAAAUUCCUGAAACCCUCAAAGUUGUGUCACCAGUAAAAGUUGUGUCACCAGUAAAAGUUGUGUCACCAGUAGUUACUGAACCAUCAGAUACAGUGACACAGAUGGAUCUCAGUAUCGAUGAUGUUUUGGAAGGUGCCGUCGAGAUAGUGUUACAGGCUGAGGAGAUCGUUCUUGAGAACGUUGAGGAUUCUGUGGGAGUUAUUCCAGUAGAUGUUCCAAAACCGCCCAGAAAUAGGCGCCGAAUUCGUGGUGGUAGACGGCCUUCGCCAUCCAGUGGCCAACCAAGAAGGGGAAGAAGUCGAAGAGAUGGCUAUCCUAGUCCUGAAGAAGAUUCCGUAGAUAUUAAACCUGCUGAAGAUGUUAGCCAGAUUACAACAGAUGUUAUUGCAGAUAAGGAAAAGAACAUCCCAUUUGUGACAGAACAACCGAUGGCAGACAUUGAAACGAUUACAAUGCAAGCGGCCAUUGAAGAAAUAAAUACGAAAUCUUCGAUUGCGGAAACUAUCACAAAUAUCGUUCCGGUUGAGGGCUCGGACAAUUCGACGUUGAAGACGGCGAAAAAAUUAUAUCAACGUCGCAAAUCGCAAUCUAACUCCCGUAGUCAAAGAGCUAUGUCCACUACCCCAGACAAACUGAAAAAAGAGUUCGACUUUUCUAAGGAAUCAUCAAGCUCUCGUAGACGAAGAGCUCUAUCCACUUGUACGCCAGAAAAAUUGAAAAAAGUGUCAGACAUUUCUAAGGAAUCGUCGGGCCUUAAAAUACCCGACACAGGGGAGAUAAUUUUGGAAUCAAAAGAUAUCAUUCCAGCUGAGCUCGUUAAAAGGGAAAUCCCGAAAGAGACGAAAGAAGAUCAGAUACAUUUUACCAAAAAGGAAACGCCGAAGGAUUCGAAAAAGUCCUCCUCCGGGGAUAGUAGAGACCGCCGUAGCAAGAGCACUACAAAAGAUGUCAAAAAAUCAAGAGAACACAAGGAACAUUCGUCCUCUAAAGAGCACAGGGAACGGGACAGCAGCCGAAAAGAUCGUGACUCGUCCAGGAGUCACAAGGAUAGAGACAAGGAAAAACACCGUAAGCGUAGCUCCGAAGGAAGCAAAAAGGAUCGACGAUCGGAUGUUACCGAAUCCGAUAAAAAAAGAUCCGAAUUUAAAGAAGUGUCGAGCGAAAAGAAGCAUGACUCUAGCAAAAAGCGGAGUGAGAUAGGUGAGAAAAAAUCGUCUGAAAUGGAAAAACGAGAACCGAAACCGGCCACACCUGUCCCCAAGUUGACGGACAAACCGAAAAAAUGUUUUGAUUCAGAAUUGCAAGCGAUGGAUCCUAGCGCAACAAAAAACAAAUCGUCCGAUGAUUUGAAACGCUCGAAAGAGCACGAAAAAGUACGCAAAUCGGACAAACAUCGUAGUGAAUCAGAGAUGCGGAAGAAGAGUUCCAGUGAUUCGAAACCAACACACAAGGAAUCUAAAGAGAAGAGUCGUUCCACCGACUCUUCUCCAGUAUGUUCUAAGCAAGCUGAAUUGGAUACGCGGAAAAAAGAUUUGAUCGAACUGAAAUCAGUUUACAAAGAAUCGAAAGAAAAAAGUCGGUCAGAACAAUCCUCUCCUGCUUCAUCUAAGCACGGUAGUUCGUCCAGCUCUAAGAAAUCAUCAUCAAAAAGCCACUCCAGUUCUAAUCGAAAAGAGUCUACUUCUAGUAGUAGCUCAAAGUCAAGAAAAAGUUUACCCAUAUCCAUGAAAGAUGAGAAGCUUAGGGAAGAGUUUUCGGCGAAAAAGGAUUACAUCAAAGAGAAAAUCGUAGAUGUAAUUCCUUCAGUAGACGCGGCACCACCGGUAGAAUUGGACACUCCGAAAGAACCACUACCACAUGUUGACAUUGUAGAAGCGAAGGAGGAAAUUAAACUGGAACAAAUAUCCGAGGUAGAUCUUUCUGUACAGCAAGAGCCCACGCAGUGCGAAUCUCUUCGUAUCGUAACGAAAGCUUCCAGGAAGAUGUACCAGUGUGAGGAAGAGAUUAAGAAUGACACUGUUUCGGAGGAAUCUCUUCCGACAGAAACGACAGUCGAGCCUGUGAAACAAGAAAUCAAAGUGGAACAGGAGGUAAAGAAGGAGCAGGUGGAAGUAGCAUUGGAGCAAAUUUCUGAGGCUUUUGAUGCCAGCGUUCAAAUAUCUGGUCCACGACCGGAAAUUGCUUUGAAAGAAUUCGAAAACAUUUCCCUUUCGGAAGACAAACCGCCUGUGGAACCACUUCCGGCGGCAGAGCAGAAACCAGUUGUUCCGGAAGUUGAGCCGGCAUCUGUUCGUGAGGAUGAAUCGAUUUCACCUCCAUCACAGGAGGUGUCAAAUGAAGAUUCCAAUUCGAACAAUAGCUUAACUUUAGACAGUGCUAAGGAGAUGAAAGUAGAUCCGGAUGAUAGUAGCAUUCGACGCUCGUCCCGUAUUAAAACUAUUAGCUCACAGAAGCAGAGAACUAGCGGACAUGGUCUUGUCAAGGAUAAGGAUAAGUUUCUCAAGAAGACAACCAUUUCGGUGGGAAUCGAUACGAAGGUGCUGAAGGACGCUCUUACGGGAAACUUUAAUGUGAUUACUACUGCCGAUGGUACUGCUGGAGGAGAAGGACAAGGAAUCGGAGAAUACGACGCGUCGGUAACUAAUAUUGAACUUUCUGAAGAGUACCUGCGUGAUAUGGAAGAGAAACUCAGUCGUUUCGAAACAAUUCGGGAGAAUCAUUAUCACUGCGAUAAAGUUAUCAGCAAGGAAGCGAAAAAGAUGAUGUGCGAUUGUUUUCUAACUUCGGAGGAAAUCGAGCGAGGUGAGCUGGGCUGUGGAGAAGAUUGUCUGAACAAGCUGCUGAUGAUUGAGUGUGGCUCACGGUGUGUCGUAGGGGACCGGUGCACAAAUAAACGAUUUCAGAAGCAGGAAUAUGCCAAUUGCCAAGUUUUUCGAACAGACAAAAAGGGCUUUGGUAUACAGGCCAGCACAGAGAUUGUACCGGGUGAGUUUAUCAUGGAGUACGUGGGAGAAGUGUUGAACAGCGAACAGUUUGACGAACGUGCCGAACUGUACUCCGAAGAAAAGAACAAACAUUAUUAUUUCAUGGCAUUGCGUAGCGAUGCAAUUAUUGAUGCUACUACAAGGGGAAACAUUUCCCGGUUUAUCAAUCACUCGUGUGACCCGAACGCGGAAACGCAGAAAUGGACGGUCAACGGUGAGCUGCGCAUUGGAUUCUUUAGUACGAAGUAUAUUGUGCCGGGAGAGGAAAUUACGUUUGACUAUCAAUUCCAACGAUAUGGAAGACGCGCUCAAAAAUGUUACUGCGAGGCGGUGAACUGCACCGGUUGGAUUGGCGGUGAUCCGGGUAGCGAUGGUGAAUCAGAGUAUGAAGACGAAGAGGAAGUUGAAGAAAGUGAAGAGGAAGAAGUUCCACCGGAGACAGUAGCAGUUUCCGAAAUCUCCCCAGAAAUUACCAAACUGGAUGAAAUUAGCAGCGCUGGCGAAAUAUGCAAACCAACCGUUGAGGGUGAAUUGGAACUGACUAAGCAGGUAGAACCCACGGUUGCAGUUAAAGUUACCAAACCUAAAAAAGUUCGCAAACGAGCCGAACGACCGAAGAAACGACGUCCUCAAAUUCACGAGGAUCCUGAUUUGGAGAAGGAAAUUAACAACCUUCUGAAGACAGGUUUGAAGAAUCAAGCUCAAACGUUGAAAUUGUCCCGGUUAAUGGUGCGCGCCAAGGAUAUAAAAUCCAGAAGUCGUUUGCUAACAAUUCUGCAGAGCGGAGAACUGCCUUGCCGACGUCUCUUCCUGGAUUACCACGGUUUAAGGUUGCUGUAUGGUUGGAUCUGCGAAUCAACCGAAUCUGUUGAGGAUCUUAAAUUCCGAAUACAAAUACUUGACACCCUGGACCGGUUACCCAUACCAAACAAAACAAUGCUGAAAGAUAGCAAAAUUAUGCAAACGAUCGAGAAGUGGGCUAAAAUCGAUAAACCUAAGGAAAAGGAGAAAGAAGUAGAGAAAGAGAAGGAAAGGGAAACCUCCAGCACUAGCUCUCCAAGUGACAGCAACGAAGCAGGAAGCGACAGCAACACGAGUUCAUCGGAUGCCAAGAAGCAAGACAUUGUUGGUAAUGCAGAAGUUCUAAAGAACAUGCCAGAGUUACUGAAACUCGCAGAUCUAGGGAGGUUGAAGGAAAUCAUCAGCAGCACCUGCGUUGAAAAGGAAGCGGAAAAGGAAAAACUCUCCAGUAGUAUUAGUGAACCGAUCCCAUCUGCUGCUAGUAUAUUAGAUUCAAUUGAAAUUCCCGAACCGGAAGAUGAGAACGCACCGGAGGAGAAACGCCUUGGCACACAGAUAAGAAUCCUAUCCUGUAAGCUGCUCGUAAGUUGGAUUAAUCUUAAAGAAGUGUUCCGUAUCCCCAAAAGGGAACGAAUCGAACAGAUGAAGGAACACGAACGAGAAGCUGAUCUUCGCUACAAAGCACUGGGUCUUGGGGAAGACGACAAUCAGUCAUCCAACCGACACUCCUCCAGUCGCUUCUUCGAUCGGUCUCGUGAACUUAAACGUCGGAAGUCGGUUGACGAAGCCAGCUUCUACAAAAUGAAAAGAUCUCUAGCUGCCAGCUCAAAUCCCUUGAUGAAAAUGGACAAUAUGUCGAAGCAACAGCGUCGGCAAAUGUUUGAAAUGAAGGUCGCUCACGAAGAAGCCGAGCGUCGGAAUAAGGAACUUUGGAUGCAGCACGAAAACAAUUGCAUGAAAUUCGGACUCAAUCCGCAUCUGACUGCUCCGCAAGAUGUUCCAGCCAAGAUGAAUCCAGCCACAGGAGAAUAUUUCGCCGCGGAUGAUCGUCUUCUGCAAACACCUCCAAGCCAUGUAUAUUUUAAAGUACUGCCACCCCCGUUACCUACGAAUCCGGAGGACUACGAACUCCCACCCAUGGAUUUGCCUCCCCUGUGGAAGUUUGCCAUUGACACGAGGGGAUUUCUAUAUUACUAUCACGUGAAAGAUCGUAUACCCCAGUGGGAACCACCGCAAAAGGAUACCGCACCGGGCAGUGGUUUACGCGAUGAAGAUAUUUCAAUGAGUUCCGACUCCAGCACAACAGAUACAGAGGAUUCCGAGGAGGAAUAUUUGAACAUGCAACUAGAACAGUUGCUCAAGAGAAAGAAAAAACAGCAGUCCAGUUUUAACUUGGACGAUGUCCUAGCCAAGCCUGACGAUAUGAAUGAUGAUCUUUCCAAAACGAUCAAAGAUUUGGAGGCGGGCGAUUCCUCUCCUCGUACAAGUGGCAAAACUGAUAAAUCACUUGGUGAUACAUUCGAGAAGACGGCUGAUGAACUGUUACAGCACCGGAGAAGGAAGCACAGUAACAAGCUUGUGCAGGAAAGGGUUAUUAGUCCCCGUACUGAGGAGGACAAGCUAUACGGCCAGAUGGAGAUGAAACGAUACAAGGAAACCAAAGAGAAACUUCGCCGCCGGAAAGAGGAAGCGAAACGGCUACGAGCCCGAAGCAUGCUGGAUAAGUCACUGGCGGACAGUCCGUUCAGCGGUUCCUUCGCAGCGGAUGUACUGGACAAGAGUGCGGCAGAGUGUGCCCUCAUCGAUGACGAUCUGGUUGUGUCACACAAAAUCGUUGAUGAUAAGUGCAUCGUUGACGAGCUGGACAUUUUGACUAAGAAAAAGAAAAUUUCACCCUACGAAGAGUGGCAAAAAGUUAAGCAGCGACUUGGGAAGAAACGAGCAGCAAAGACAGGCGAAAGUUCAUCUUUCGGGGGACUAUCGUCUUCGACGGCUGCUUCCACGUCACUGGGCGCCAGCUCUUCGAAGAUUGGUAAACGCAAAAAACCUGAUAAAAUUGACGUUAACAGUGACGAAGCCAAAAAGAUUAAAGAGAAAUUCCGCGGCGAAAUCGCCGGUGUUAUUGUGCAGCAUUUGGGGGCAUACCGUAAAGAUUCUUGCCAAACUGGACGAAUUACCAACACAGACGACUUUAAGCAUUUGGCUAGAAAGUUGACUCACUUUGUGCUGGUGAAGGAACUCAAGCAUUGCGACAACACAAUCAACGAACUGGAGGUAACCGACUCAGUGCGAACCAAAGCUCGCGAAUUCAUUAAAAAGUACAUGGCCAAACAUGGAACCAUUUAUGUUCGGGGCGAAAACGAACCCGAUUAUGCUAGUAUAAAUCUCUGAGACAACGCCAAGGGGAAAGUGGAGCAACCGACAGUUGCUCCUCCAGCUCCCCAGGAAUAAAAUACACAUAGAGUAUUUUCAACAUGUUUUCAAAAAGUUUAGAUAUAUAGGUUGAAUCUAAUUUAUAAAAAGAAACAUAAUUAGUGUGAAUUAGUAUACACUUAGAACUACAUAUUUCAAUUCAUAGCAAUUGAUUUUAAAAAUUAAUUGACGUGCAUUAAAGUUUUAGAGAGUGAAAUAAAAGAGUUUACCGUGAUUAAAGCCGUUGAACAUGGAA